AUGGGCAAGAAAUUCUUUUCGGGCUGGGAGCUAUGGCAGCAGAUGACCUUCGUUCUGGCUUGUGGAAUCGUUGCCACCAUCAUACUCGGACUAUGCAAGCUCAAAUAUGACCACUAUCGGAUUCGCAAGUACACCAAGGUCGAGAAGGGGAAAAAGACUCAAACACCGGAGAUGCUCGAGGCGCAGCCUCAAGACCCGAAGGAUGAUAUUCCAUUUGGUAUCCGGGCCAUCGAAAGUGGUAUCGAGGUCGACGGAGUGUGGAUAUCACGAUCAAACACUCCUGUUGGCAGUAGUGCCUCGUCUAUUAAUGAGUUCAAGCUCCCCCGGAGCCACAACAGCUCGCAACUCGAAUUGCCACAGCCAUACCAUGGCGCCUCCAGCCGUAGCAGCUCCCGUGCGCCGAGUUCCUCUUUCGACCGUGCCGUGUCGGCUGAACGCCUGCCGGACGACUCGCGGGCAUCGUCCCCUGGCCCGAUGAACCUUAGUCACGCUCGCGGACGACUACCUAUUGCAACAAGUUCACGAUAUAGUAAUCCUAAUCUUCUGCGAAAUUCAACGACUCUGCAGGCUUUAGAAGGGCUGGACCCGGGGUCUUCCUCAGGUGAGAUCUACACAAGUCCUCGAACCUCCAACAAUUCCGGCAAGUCUAGUAGGAGGACUAGUGAUGAAUCGGACUGCAUGCAAGCAAUCCAGGAAGGCCGACCAUACGAAGCAGCGUACAUCAACCCGUCUACAUCGAGACAUGCUUCCCUACCGGUCCCAGUCGACCCACGGUGGGACCUUGAUCUCCUACAGAGUCACCGUCUAUCUCACGUUGCAGAGACUGGACAGCUGACCCCUAGAGUCCGCCGGCCAGGUAAUAGCGGAGAAUGGGCGAGCGUGGCUGAUAAUACGAGGUUGCCCCAAGAUAUUUCAACUACCAAUGGUGUUGACUAUUUCGUGCCUCGGCAGAAAACCCCUUCUCCUCCUCUUCCUCCAGUUGCAAUCCCGCCAGAAGAGGUGCCAGUAGUGCCGGCCUCUUCCAAGUUCACCCAGGACGGCCAUGCUUCCAACCAAGCUAGACAAGCGGUACCGCUUUUGGAAACAUACCAACCGAACGCAUACCAGUACCAUCCGCAAACCUACCAGCCCCGCGGACCGCAACACGAAUAUGAAGAGGAGCAGCCAACACAAUACGACGUCAAGACCGGUCAAAAUCAGCGUGAAUCACAAGUGCUCCGCAAAGUUAAUUCUGGCUUUGAGAUUCUCCGACCAGGCACCUUCGCACCGCCAAGCCCCGAAGAUGAGAAGCCUGCUGGCAGUGAGAAGCGGCAAUCCAAGCGUCUACAAAAGAAGCGGAGACCGUCCGACGGGUCCAGGACAUCGCAUUUUGUGGAGCAAGUUUAG